GCGCAGUUGCACUGCUGUCACACACUCACCUACCAACACAGAUCAGUCAGACAGACUUACACACAUCUCACUCCAACUCAAUCUAACGCUGUGAUCCUUCUGACAUCUCACAUGUUAGCGGGUUCAUCUGAGCUCAGACAUCCAGUAGGACCUCCUCUGGUGUCUCUCCCUGUGUCCCCUCUGGGGUUCAGUCUGUGCCUCUGCUGGAGCUGGACCAAAACGCACAUCUCUGAUACUCAUCGUAUGGACAAAGGCUUGAGUGAUGAGAGUUAGGUGGAGAUAGAGAAAGACAGACAGAGAGAUAGAGAGACAGUGGGUUGGGGGGUUGAAAAGCCUUUGCUGGUUGCUGAAGCAAGGCAAGGAACCGUUGUCAACGGCGACGCAGGAGCAGCAUGUCUCAAAUGAAACGAUACACUUACAGCAGGACCACCAGCAGCGGCAGCAGCAGGAUGAGUUCAGAUGGAGGUGGGCGGCCUGUUAAGGUGGGCUCUCUGGUUGAGGUCAUUGGCAAAGGUCAUCGAGGCACCGUGGCAUAUAUUGGAAACACCCUCUUUGCCUCUGGAAAAUGGGUGGGAGUCAUUCUAGAGGAACCUAAAGGCAAGAAUGAUGGGACUGUGCAGGGUAAACGAUAUUUCACCUGUCAGGAGAACCAUGGGAUAUUUGUACGCCAAUCACAGAUCCAGUUAGUGGAAGAUGGGGCUGACACGACAUCUCCUGACACACCUGAAGCUGACACCUCCAAAAUGCUGAAGCGAGAGAUAAUUGAAGGUCCAAAGUCAAACAAAGUGCGAGGAACCAAACCCAAAAAGGCACCUACGACUCGUAAGACCACCACCAGAAGGCCCAAGCAAACGCGGGCUGGAGUGGGGGUGAAGGUGGGCUCAGGAUCAGCUUCUGCUGGAGAGAUGAGCAGCAGUGAACCCAGCACACCUGCCCAAACACCACUGGCUGCUCCAGUUAUACCUUCACCCGUGGGAACACUGCCCUCACCCGGGGCUCCUCCCAUCCCGGGACCCACCAAGGAAGAGGAGUCACUGCGUGCCCAGGUGAAGGACCUGGAGGAGAAGCUGGAGACGCUGAAGAUGAAGAGGACAGAAGACAAGGCAAAGCUGAAGGAGCUUGAGAAGCACAAGAUUCAGCUGGAGCAGCUGCAGGAGUGGAAGAGUAAGAUGCAGGAACAACAAAAUGAACUGCAGAAACAACUCAAGGAGGCCAAGAAGGAAGCUAAUGAAGCUCUUGAAGCUAAAGAGCGCUACAUGGAAGAGAUGGCAGAUACAGCAGAUGCCAUUGAGAUGGCCACACUGGAUAAGGAAAUGGCUGAAGAGCGGGCCGAGUCACUGCAACUGGAGGCUGAUGCUCUAAAAGAGAGAGUGGAGGAGCUGACCUUGGACUUGGAGAUACUCAAACAUGAGAUAGAGGAAAAAGGUUCAGAUGGAGCAGCGUCUAGUUACCAUGUGAAGCAGUUAGAGGAGCAGAAUGCUCGACUGAAGGAGGCUCUGGUGAGGAUGCGUGACUUGUCUGCAUCAGAGAAACAAGAGCAUGCAAAGCUACAGAAGCUAAUGGAAAAGAAGAAUUUUGAGCUGGAUGCACUGAGAUGCCAGAAAGAGAAACUGCAGGAGGAAAUGAAGAUGGCUGAGAAAACAAUUGAUGAGCUCAAAGAGCAAGUGGAUGCUGCUCUCGGGGCGGAGGAGAUGGUGGAGAUGUUGACGGAGCGUAAUCUGGACCUGGAGGAGAAAGUACGGGAGCUCAGAGAAACUGUCACAGAUCUGGAAGCCAUCAAUGAGAUGAAUGAUGAGCUGCAGGAGAACGCCAGAGAGACGGAGCUGGAGUUGAGAGAGCAGUUGGAUCUGAGUGCUGCCAGCAUCAGGGAGGCGGAGAAGCGGGUGGAGGCGGCACAAGAAACGGUGGCAGACUACCAGCAGACCAUCCAGAAAUACAGAGAGCUCACUGCACACCUGCAGGAGGUGAACAGGGAGCUGAUGAGCCUACAGGAAGCCAGCACCGAGCAGCAGCAACAACCUGCAGAGAUCUUUGAUUUCAAGAUCAAAUUUGCAGAAGCCAAAGCUUACGCCAAGGCCAUAGAAAUGGAGCUGCGUAAAAUGGAGGUAGCUCAGGCUAACAGACAGGUGUCACUGCUGAUUUCUUUCAUGCCUGACUCCUUCCUGAAACACGGAGGAGAUCAUGACUGUAUCCUGGCUCUACUGCUCAUCCCACGACUCAUCUGCAAGGCAGAGCUGAUCAGUAAGCAGGCUCAGGAGAAGUUUGAGUUGACUGAGACGUGCUCUCAGAAGGCUGGAAUGAGAGGAGCCGUCGGAGAGCAGAUGAGCUUUGCUGCUGGACUCAUCUAUUCUCUCACACUGCUACAGGCAACCCUGCACAAAUAUGAACAUGCUCUGAGUCAGUGCAGUGUGGAUGUGUACAAGCGUGUGGGUUCUCUGUACUCUGAGAUGAGCGUUCAUGAGCGAUCCCUGGAUUUCCUCAUUGACCUCCUAUACAAAGACCUGCUGGAUGAAACAGUCAAUGUGGGACCUCUUACCAAAGCUAUUAAAUACUAUCAGCACCUUUACAGUAUUCAUCUCGCUGAACAGCCGGAGGACUGUACCAUGCAGCUAGCAGACCACAUCAAAUUUACCCAGAGUGCUCUGGACUGUAUGGCAGUAGAGGUGGGGCGUCUGAGGGCCUUCAUACAGACAGGGCAGGACGAGGAAGCGUUUUGUGUGCUGCUGAAGGAUCUGGACACUUCAUGUAGUGACAUACGACAGUUCUGCAAGAAGAUCCGUCGUCGCAUGCCAGGCACAGACGCACCAGGCAUCCCAGCUGCCCUCAGCUUUGGACCACAGGUGUGUGAGACCCUGGCUGAGAGCAGAAGGCAGCUGGCCUGGGUGAAUGCAGUGCUGCAGGAAGUGGCAGCGGCAACCGCUCAGCUCAUCGCCCCUCUCAGCGAACAUGAGGGACUGCCAGCCGUCAAACUGGAAGACAUGGCCUUUAAAGCAGCUGAACAGGUAUACAACUGCGGGUCACAGGGCAUAAACCCUCAAGAGUGUCUGCGCCAGUCAUGCAGUGUGGUCAUUGCAACAAUGAACAAGAUGGCUACUGCUAUGCAGGAGGGAGAAUAUGACUCUGAAAGACCACAGAAUGGAAUAUCUCCUGUGGAAGUCCGAGCAGCAGCACUGAGGGCAGAAAUCACUGAUGCUGAAGGACUCGGCCUCAAACUUGAAGACCGAGAAACUGUCAUCAAAGAGCUUAAGAAAUCCCUUAAAAUAAAGGGAGAGGAACUGAGUGAGGCCAAUGUGCGUCUGAGUUUAUUGGAGAAAAAGCUGGACAGUGCGUCUAAAGAUGCGGAUGAGCGGGUGGAGAAGAUCCAGACGGUCCUGGAUGAGACCGUUUCGCUCCUGAAAAAGAAGGAAAAGGAGUUUGAGGAGACCAUGGAUGCUCUCCAGGCUGACAUAGACCAACUAGAGGCAGAGAAAGUAGAGCUUAAGCAGAGAAUCACCAGCCAAUCAAAGAUGACCAUGGAGGGCCUGAGAGGAAGUCAAGGCUCUGGCAUCGCCUCCAUUGUGACUUGUGGCAUCACUGCUGAAGAACAAAAAGGUGUUUGUGUAGCUGCAGGAGUGCAAGUGAUAGAUUCUCCACUGCUGACUCAGCAGAUUGAAGCUCAGCGACUCAGUAUAAAACACCUGAAGAACGAGAACAACAGACUAAAGGCAGAAAAGAUGCGUGCUCAGCUGGCAUCUCUUCCUCCUCUGAACGUGCCAAAGCUGGGCUGGCGAGAGGGCUGCAGGCCUGAGGUGUUAUCUAGCGCCCUCUACCGCAAAACAGACCAACUACUGGAUACUCUCCUCCAGAUGAGUGCCAAUGUGAAAGUGGUGGACAUCACAGGGAAAUCUCCAGUGAGUCCUAGUGCGCAGCUCCUCGAGCAAACAGCAAGACUGCAGUCGCUCAGUGACACACUCGAUAGGCUUAAGGAUGAGGUUGCUGAACAUGUAGUGACUCACAGGCCUGGUGCUCAAGUCUCGUCUGAUUUUGCCACUUUUCCCUGCACUUCCUUUGUGAAGGCAAAAGAGGAGAAGAAAGGAGAUGCUGUGUUAGUCGGUCAUGUGAUGAUGCCUUGCGCCCGAGGGCAGGAACAGGUGCAUCGUCUGGUGCUUUCAAAGAUCCAGUUACAGAGAGUUCAUCGCCUUCUCCAGACUUAAAAUAACCCCAAAAAACAAACUUACUCACAUUCAGUCUUCAAAACAGAAACUGAAACAACAGAUAUAAUGGAGAAUGUAUCUAGAGCCACAAACCAAUAACAAAAAACGCAAUAGAUCAAGUCAAGAUCAAGCUUUGAUUAUAUCUACCACACCAAAUCUGUAAAAUGAUAUAUAAAAGCUACAGAUUUCAAACUUGAGACAUGCUGGAGACGUUUUAACAAUUAGACUUUAUUAACAUGGCAUGAAAGGAUGAUUCACCAUGAUCCCUGCUGCUUUAUAUCUGUAUCCAUUUAAUCCCUUUCUUUCUCUUCCUGAUUUGGAUUCCCAUCGAUCCAUGUUUACAAUUAUUUAGCUAAAAGGAUUACAGUUCAAAUUGUCUAUGUGUUUUUAUUAGUGGUGCUUCCUAAGUGAUUUGACUUAACGUGAUAGUUGACCCAAAAAUUACAAUUCUGUCAUUAAUUACUCAUCCUCAUGUCAUUCCAA